GGUGGCCAGCGCUGAGCCCAGAACCGGAAGUCAGUGUGCCUGUUUGCUCGUGGCUCGUGGCUCGUGGUGUGACGUGCCGUUCCUGACAUCACGGCCACUGCCGGCAAAUUCCAGCAGCGUUUGUCUGUUCAUCUACAGACAGAUGGGGACCAUUUCAGCUUGAUUUGAGAUCGUGCUUGUGUCCGCUCAUUGGGAGGUUUUAAAGGGCUUUCUAAAGGCGAGAAAUGGUCUUGAUAUUUCAAGUGUACUAUCAUGGAUAUCUUGUAACAUGUGGAUAUGUUGAAUGGACCACAUCAUUUGUCACUGGACUACUUACUGUGACGAGGCAGAUGGGGAACCAGAAAAGAUGGAGGCGUUUGCUGCUGGGACCUCCCGUACCUUCCCGUUCCUCAGCGUGAGAUCCGGGGGUGCGAGCAGAGCUGUGCACAGCCUUCUGUGAAAAGGAGUUUGGGAGGAGGGGGGCUGCCUGCCUGUUAGCAAAGUGGAAGCGAGCCGCUUCCUUCUCAGUACACCCCAAGCAGAGUCAACAUGAAGACCCCGGGCUCCCUGAGACAACCUGGAGCCAUGCUUCUGUUGGUCAUCUGCCCCCUGCUGGCCAUGCUGCAAGGUGCGACCAGUAAAGCUGAGAGUGGACACCUGGGCGACUCUGACCCAGACAGGUGCAUCAGGCACCACUUUGUGGAGACCAUCACCCAUCCCAUCUACAAGUGCAACUCCAAGAUGGUGCUCCUGGCCCGCUGCGAGGGCCACUGCGGCCGCACCUCCCGCUCCGACCCGCUGGUCUCCUUCAGCUCGCUGCUGAAGCAGCCCUUCAAGAGCACCUGCUUCUGCUGCCGCCCCCACACCUCCAAGCUGAAGGCCGUGCGGCUGCGCUGCUCCGGCGGUACCCGCAUCACCGCCACCUACCGCUACAUCCUGGCGUGCGGCUGCGAGGGGUGCAGCUGAGGCGAGGGGGGGGGG